AUGGAUUCAUCUAUCAUGCUUAUCACUGAAAGCCUGCUAGACAGUUGGUGUGGCGCGCUGAUAUCGCUUUACUCAUCUGGUGAAUCAACCACAUCAUCACUUAUCGUUCUCUCUCGCGAACUGUAUUGCAAUGCUUUGCGACGGAGUUUAUCUGUUUUUAAUACCGAACCUUGUGUGCACAACCUCCGCUGUACUGUGCGUCUGUCAAGCUUCGGUUUUAUCCUGCUCAAACUUCACCAAGCGGAACCUUUGGAAAUCCUCUGUCAAAUCCAAUCCACCUUACACCAGAUUGCAACCCACCCCCAGCUGGAGCAAUUGCGUGCAGUUGACGGGCGAAUUCAGUUAAAAAACGUUUUCAAAGUUCCUCUUCCGAAGCUUCUUGGUCUCUUUCAUCCGCUGCUACCCGAGGCCCCAUGUCAAAUUUUGUCAAUUUCCGAAAGUCUCAUUCAGCUUUUUCCGGAAAUGACCACGGAUAGUCAAACGUUCGGACAAAUUCUUAAGGUGCUGAUGCAGGCUGUUCGGUUGCCUGCUGUGGAUAUUAAUUCGUCAAGCGUCGAACGCAAAGAUAACCAAAGCGCAUUAAUUCUGAACCCAGCGGUCUACACUCUGAACCUACUGGUCAAACUUCUCGACAUCUGGCAGUGCAUCGAUAUAUCUCCUGAGCAAUAUGCCGUCAAUGUGUGCCAACUUUUUGACCUACUUCGCGUCUUUCCGAUGAGCAUCGAGCAUGCCGAAGUUCGCCUCUGUUCUUGGUGGCACUUUCUAUGUCGUAUUCCCCGUGAAUUGCUAAAUGAUGGCUUCAGGCGGUUUGUAUCGCCAUUUCUUGCCAACUUGCUCGGUCGUUAUUUGAGUCUCAGUGCCCCGAUGGGAGACCCUGAUCUGCAUCGAUACAAACUCAGUGUUGGCAACGCCUACGAUGGAAACGCCAAAGCACUUGAGUUGACGGAACAUGUUUUCUCCAGCUUUUUUAAAAGCGCCGGACUGAAUCUCAAGCAAUUAGACAAUGUUCCCUGUUUAGAUAUGGAUGCGUCUACCUUAUGCAGUAACAGUUAUCAGUUGCUGGUCGCCGUCGUUCAUUGGCUACGCUUAAUAUGCAGUCAUGCAGACACUCAGUCUUUUUCUUUGCAAACCGAACCUCCUCCUCCGCGUUUCUCCCUUUACUCGGUGGAUGUUAUUUGGCUAAAAUGUUGCCGAGCUGUCCUCGAAUCAUCUGCUGAUGCCCCAUCAAAUGGGCAAGAGCAUCUGUUUCUGGCUGUGCGAUCACCUUCUGUUGUCAAUAAUACUCCCCAGCCCGUCUCUCGGAUGGCCAUCCAAUAUGUGGUCACCUGUACGUGUCAUCUUCUCACUCCCACUCCUUUAAUCUGUGAUCCUGAAUCAAAGGAGCUUUAUCGACCCGUCCUCCCUUCUUCAGUCGCAUGUUUGAAUAUCCUUGAGGAAGUUUUCAAUCUAACACGGGAGUGUACAGCCCCCGAACAGGACAAAAUGGAUCUAGUCACCGAUCUGUUACUGAAGUCUAACGAAUUGGGGAAUCUAUGGAUAACUGAAAUGGCCGAAACUCCAAAGGAUGCACAACCAGAAAGCGUUUGGACUCAAUGGUCUGACCUUACAACCCGUCUGAUAUCGUGUAAUUCACGCCUGAAUGUCUUUGAAGCCACGAGUGGCUCGUCAUUCUCAGAAUCAUGGAAUUUGGACUCUGCGUUUCUUCCGUUGUUCCGGCGACUCCUAACUUCUCUGCUACCAGACAGUGUUCGUUUGGCAACAUCUUGCGAUCAGGUCUCGCAGAAUUCUUCCCUUGGUUCAUUAUUCUCUCGUGCCCCUUCUUUGGUUUACUGUCCGGCUGCUCUGCGAUUUUGGAAUGAACUUGCGGAUCGUCUGACCCACUUCAUCACCACGGAACAUGUGAUUUGCGAAGGCGAUCCGAUGAUAACCGCAGAUCUUUCUACUGUGUAUGCCAUGCUUUUGUUUCCAUUUUGGUUUGUUGGGCCCACUCCAUCACUUGAGUCGAAUUUUCGGGCCAGAGGACAAGAAUCCACUCGCUUUGAGCUGCCACACAGAAACGAGGUUGCACUGGUCGAACGGAUGGAUAAACUGUUCGCUGCUUUUCACCAAGAGGCUUCUCUCCUGACGACACUUGCGUCGAACGCUUGGAUUGGCCAACUGGGAUCCUGUCUGGUGGCUCUGGUUUCUGCUAUUCCAUCUGAGCCUGCGAAAAAGUUCAAUUUUAACUUCUUGGGUCGUUUCCUUCGUUCACUCGCAGAAAAUGCGGAGCAUGUGGAGGAAAGAGCGCCCACAAACGCUGCUUUCGAUCCGUUUUCCUGGUGCGGAACUCCCGAAAAAUCCUUUGGACAACUUACCGGCUUGUUACUUGCAUUGCAAACAUGUCUUUUGCACUCUCCGUGGUUCGAUGCUCCCGCACCAGUGAAUCAUUCCAUGCCUUCUGCCAAUAUUUCCACAGGCAGAUCAGAACGAGACGUUAUUAAAUCUCCCUCAUCUUUCCUAUCGCGUGUGCUCGACUGUUCUGAUGAGAGUAGCUACAUCACCGUGAACAGUGACUCUAAUUCCAACACAUCUCAGUCAAUAUUGGUCGGACAGUUUACACCUUCGCAUAAACUGUCUUAUGGCCUCAUCGACGCUCUCGAGGCUGUAACUAUUCUCAUCCGACAUCACGCUCGUGGGCCUGAAGCUUUGGUUGCUGUCAUUGAUGCUUUAAACGCUCCAUUGGAACGCCUAACUGCGUGUUGCGCACGCACAGCUGCAGACAUCCACAGGACUGAAGUCGAGUUGGACGAACCACUUCUCAUCAUUCAACGCCGAGAACAGGCAAAAAUUGCGCUCGAGGAGAUAUACAUUUGCUUAUGGCGUGGAUUAGACAUCUCUCCAAUCACAAUUCCCCAGUCUGGUCUAGUCGAUGUUGUUCGUACGCUGUCUCAUGGCUCCGUCCACAGUGGAGCCAAGGUGUCGUUUUCCCUGACUUCACAUCACUGUUUGGGUCUACUACGCGCAUCUCUGAAUUUGUGCAACGCUCACUCAACAGCCAUAGAUUCCAGAUCAUCCCACGCUUGGUGUUUUUUCCUUUGGUUUGUCGGCUUCUGGAAUCGCUUAGUUGACACAUGCCUCACAGACAGGACUUCUUCACGUGGCCAUUGGGACGAGGUGAGGACAAUACUGGCGAAACACGAACAGGAUGUCAAAGCUCGAUUAACUCUUCUUCAAGCUAAACAAAGCACUUCACCUGUGCAGACGUCUAUUGGUGGUCUGAGACAGAAACGAACUCCAAUUUCCUCCAGAAGCAGACAAUCUGGACAAAGUGACAGACUGUCAACCAGCUUCGAUGAUAAUGCAUCAUCCGCUCGGAUGCUAAACCAGGAGUUUUAUAACCAAAAUUCGCGCGUCUCUCGCCCUUCUCGUGGUCGACCUAGAGGAGGGCGUUUGUCAUUGAAAAGGGUCCCAUCAGUUGACAUACAGACAACACCCUUGCGUCGGCGUGUUUCUCAGGAACGGGUCACGAGCCUCACCCAGUCAGCCCCUUCCUCUCUAACUGGUAGUCGUCGGAGUAGGGGACGCCCUCGUGCAUCUUCUCCGACUGCACAUAAAGUCUCUGCUGGAUCGCCGGCUAGAGAUGUUGCAUCCGUUCAGGGAAUCGAUGUGAAGGGAAGCUCGGAAUUCUGGUCCCCUCUAUGUGGCUCUCCCGUGCUGCUUCCUGGUCGGCCUCUGGUGAAGCGUCGCUUAUUUCCUGAAGAUGCUAACCAAGUAUCCCCUUGCCGUAAAUCUGUUGGAUUUUCUGGAUUGCGCAAACGGAUUCUGCCAGUCACCGAGGAUACUCAGCAACUCAGAGCUUGUGAUAGAGGCGUUUUGUCUCCUCCGGCACCUGUUGACUUCGACGAUUCCGCACAGUUCGUAGUUAUCUCCUCUGUCCCAACCAAUAUGCACAAGCGGCGCCGUACUUUGACCGCUCAUCAAAAGGAGCACUUUGAAGAACAGAAACAAGGCUAUUUGCCAACCACAUACACUGAGUUGGACUUGAGCCAACAAUCCAUCAGUGAUUCACAGUCCCAAUCGCAAACCCAGCAACAUAUUCCAUCAUCUGUUGCUUCCGUCUCCGAGACACCGAAUGAUAUUCACUUUCCUGUCUCCACAACCACCACUCAACAGACUGCCGUUGAAAGUAUGGCCUCAGCUGAAGAUGCAGUUUCCGAUAUCCAAAAUAGUAGUCCUCCGAAUGCAUUGGACAUCCUCAGUGAGACAAGCUCAACUACCGCUGAGAUUGUUCAGACCACUACCGAAACGGAAGAUACUCCAAUCAUUCACCAGAUGGACGCUUCAUCAAUAGAACAACACGCUACCACGUCUCUUGAAACGGAAUCUAUUACGGAUCCCAGUGAGCAAAAUUGCGGAGCACCACUAACUACAGACACAGCAUCGCCCGUACCCCCCGUGGUUGCCACUCCCGUCUGCUCUGUCGGCCAGCUACCGGAUUUCAUCGAUAGUCCUCCCCGAGUAUCCGUCGCGUUUGCAUCAAGACACUCACGCUCCCCUACUCCUCCAUCCGUGUUUGUCUCUGUGCCGCUUUCACUCAGUCCACUUAUGAGAGGUAAGUGCUGGACAAUUCAAGUCGAUAUUACUUAA